AUGGAGCCAGCUUCACCCGCUCAUGUAUCAACAGAGCCUCCCUCCGCCGAAGACUCAGAAUGCGUCAACGAAGAUGACCCCUGCGGCCUCACGAAUUCCACGGCACUCACUGCCCCAGCAUCGGAAUGCCCGGGUAAACUUGCCAUGUAUGAUAAAUUGAUCGCGGUCUACUUUGAGAAGUUCCAUCAUCAUUGGCCGAUCGUUCAUGAGAAGAGCAUCCGUUUGCGAAACGCACCGCAAGUGCUCGUGAAGACCGUGGUCACUAUUGGUUUGUACUUGACAGAGAAUACUGAGGCACAAAACUUGGCGAAAAGGACACUCGAAAGUUUUCUUCAUCAAUCCGGCAAUGCACUGGCUACAUUUAUGACCAUGGGUGAGGCGGGACGCCUUGCCCCCGAGCCUGAGCAUCUACCUCAGUUUCAGGCGAUUCUGCUGCAGGCCAUAAUGAUUCCUCGCCUGACAGAAUAUGGCAUUGCAACAGGUCUCAUGAUCGACUCUAUGCUCUCGAGAGUGCUGAUGCUUGCCGGUAUCUACGACCAGGGUAGAAUUAAUGCUGCAACCAUGCAUUCUGAAUGGCAGCAUGUAGAUCCGCUAACUCUGAGAGAUUCCUAUCAACGGUACGCGCCCACGUCCAAAAGCUGCUCACAAAUCUAG